AAAAGAGUGCAAUACAUGAACUGUUUUCUCGCGACGCAGCGGUUUAAUUAGCUCGCUUGGAGGCGCGACGUGCAGCGGCAAAAUGUUGCUUCCAAAAGUUCUCAUUCUUCAUCUUUUCAAGUGCAUCAGUAUUCACUCGCACGCAGUGUCCUACGUGAGCGGUAACACGCGGUUGUCGCGACUAUAUCAAAGCAUGAUAGUUUAUCCUGCUGUGCCGCCUCAAAAACACUGCACAGCAGGUUAAAAUAUUUGAUAUUUCCGCGUCUGCCCCUUCAGUCGAACAUGUGUCUGCACUACUUUAUGAACUGGUCGCGUUUGCCGUUUAAAAUAAAAAAAAAGAAUCAAGAGAACGUAAAACCAUAAAAAGUUUCUAGUAAUUUACAUUGUUUGGUACAAUGGCCCGUAUGAAUAAAAGUAAGCAAAUGCUCAUACUUGCAAAAUUCAAACAGCGCUUCUAAGCAGAAGGACGACGCAUUGUCUAAAAUCUUUUGGCAACACUGCACUGUCAUGGCAGAUUAUGUUACAGUAUCGUUUGCCGCUAUUUUGGCGUUCCUAAAUUUUAUCAAGGGAAUAGUGAUUUUGCUUAGAAGAUGGCCACCAAAAAAAUUUUGGGGUAUCCAGAAAGCUCUAUGACAAAUGCUCUUAAUUAGUGCAGUUAGAAGUGGUAUGCCUGUUAAGACAGCAUCAAAGACAUUCAAGGUUCCCAAAACGACAUUACUUUAUAAAUUUAAGGGUAUUAAUCCGGAGUCUAGAAAAAUGGGGCCUGCUACAAUUUUUUCAAAAACUGAAGAGGAUCUUCUUGUUACGUGGAUAACAUCUAUGGCAAAAAGUGGGUUCCCGAUUUCCAAAGACAUUUUUUUAUCCAGUGCUUCGAAACUAGCCAAAGAGCUUAAAAAAAACUUCAAAAAUAACAUGCCCGGCCGAAAGUGGUACGAAGGAUUUUUACGUCGACAUCCCGAACUAAGGCUUAGGGCCGGUUGUACAAGUAUAGCUUAAGCAGAGUUUAAGAAUUAAGCUGAGUUUAAACACAGUUCAAUUUUUUAGAGUGUUGUACAUACUUCACUCAACAACUAAACGCAACUUAAGUUUUGUUUUAUUUAAGCAGCCGAUUUUGUUGGUUUAAGCUUAGUUUUGGUUCUUUGCGCAUAGUCACCGAUUUGUUAGUUUUGUUAGGUUAUAAUUUUAUGUAAUACCUGUUACCAUUGAUUAACAUAAUCAAUGCUGUUACCCUCCAAAUUGUAAUGGAGUUGCAUGCACUAACAGAUGAUGAAGAUUUCCUAGAAGUAAUUAAUAUAAUUGGACGCAGAAGAGCAGCAAAGAUAUAUAGGCACCGAGAUAACCACUUUACAAAGUGGAAUGAUAAGGAAUUUUUAAAUAGAUUUAGGUUAUCCAAAGAUUCAGUUCGUUUUGUAAUUGAUUUAAUACAAGAAGAAAUAUCACAUCCCACAAACAGAAACUUUGCAGUAAGUGCCGAGUGUAUGGUAUUAUUGGCACUAAGGUAUUUAGCAACUGGCUGCUUUUUGUCAGUUGCAGGCGACUUUAUUGGCAUCGAUAAAUCUACUGCAAGCAGACUUACUACAAAAGUCUGUCGAGCCAUUGCCAGUCAACACCGCAUUUUUAUCAAAAUGCCUACCACAGAGGAAGAAAUGAGAGAAAGAAGUAGAGGCUUUUACAUGAUUAGUCGUUUCCCCAAAUGCAUUGGUGCUAUUGACUGUACCCAUGUGAAGAUUAUAUCCCCCGGUAACAAUGCUGAGAUUUUUCGAAAUCGGAAAAAUUUUUUUUCUUAUAAUGUGCAAGCUGUUUGUGAUGCAAGCCUGAGGAUUCAAAAUAUUGUAUGCAGAUGGCCUGGGUCAUCUCAUGAUAGCACAAUAUUUUUACAUUCUCAAAUAAGAAAUCAAUUUGAGAAUGGAGACUUUAGAGGGUACUUAUUAGUUGGAGAUGCAGGAUAUGCUAUUAAGCCGUAUUUAAUUACUCCUCUAAGAAAUCCGAUCACUCGUACUGAAAAUUUAUUCAAUGAAUCCCAAAUACGCACACGUAACCCAAUAGAACGGUGCUUUGGUGUGAUGAAACGCCGAUUUCCCAUAUUGUCAUUUGGGAUUCGACAACGCGCAGAAAAGGUCGAGGCUAUAGUAAUUGCAACUGCAGUAUUACAUAAUAUAGCUAGGAACUUUAAUGAUGCACUGCCAGACAUAAAUGAGGAAGAACAAGAAGCUAUUGCAGCUGCUGAAAUAAAUUUCGAAGUGGAAAAUGUUCCAUAUUACAACAAUGGACUAAAUAAUGCUGUACGUCAUCACCUUAUUCACGAAUACUUUAAUCGCUUAGCAUAGUGUACAGUGUAUAUUACGAACAAACUUAUUGUUUAACAUUUUUUAAUAACAUAUCUUUUUGUAACUUCAAAAUUUCCAUUUUUAAUUUGUGUUCUUCUUUCAUACAUUCUAGUUCGAACUCAGAUUUUGUCUUUUUUAUUUCUAAAUUUAACUUAUGUUCCUCUUCCGUAUGUUUUAAUUUUACUUUUUGUUCUUCCAAAACACCUUCCAUUCUACUCUCUUCCAGUUUUGUUUUAGCCUCUGCCCACUGCGAAAUCUUCUUGUUAAUAACACCCUGGGAUGUAUCUAAAAUUUUAAAAUAAUUAGUAUUUAUAGUACAUUUCUGAAAGUGAUUUUACCAGUGGUGUUUACACAAAGCGCAGCUGAUUUUUUUCUUUUAAGCAUAUUAGGUGUGUACUUUUUCCAGUUUUUAUCACCUACAAAUUCAGAAGGAACUUAGAUUUAAUACUUUAUGACCAGUACCGUAUACUACCAUUAUUUUCGAUAUCAUCUGUUGCAGAUGGUUUUACGGUCGAACUGUAGUCGUGAUCGUUAGCAAACUCUACUAUCAUCUCUGUAACGAAACAAUAUUGAACCACACACACACUUGGAAGUCCUUAUUUACCAUUACUAACUUGCAGGUCGUCUGUUUCUGGUAUUUCAAUUUCAACUGGAAGUAGUAAAAUGUAUGUAAAUUGUUUAUAAUGUACACAUUUUUUACUUACUAGCAUCCCCAUCAAAUUGUGAUUGAAAUCCCUCUGCUCUUGGGCCAAGUAUAUCUUUAAUGCCCUCUUCGGUGUCAUUUAAUGGGGUGUCUUUGUAAGGACCACCCCCAGUUCCCAUUGAAUACGUUUUAUUUUCAGACAGUUUCUUUUUCACCCUUUUCUUUAGAUUUUCGAACUUCUUUUUUAACACAGCUUCACUACGGUGGCUGUCGUUUACUACAUUGAACUCCCGAGCAACAUUUGACCAGGCUUCGGUCUUUUGUUGGUUCGUAACCGCAUCUGUUUUUUUGCACUCUAAGACAUGUUCAUAUUGUUUUACUAAACUGGUUAAUAUUGCCUCUUCUUUCGCGGUAAAAUUGGCUGCACGCACUUUUUUUUCGUUAGAGCACAUCGUUAUAAAUAAACUAGUAUUGAUUGAAGGUUAAGUUUAUUCACAACAAAUAUCCAAUUAAUUCUUUAUGCGCAUGUUUGCACGUUGCCAACAACAGAAAAUUGUGGUUUUGGUAAACGAAGUUUGAACGCAGUUUGUACAACGAGGUUAAACGAAAACUACGCUCAAAACUUGGGCGUAGUUUAGUUAAACCAUCCCUGAACUUCACACUUGUACAACCGGCCCU